AUGUCGACAGACGAAGACACUGCGCAGAAGCUCUCUAUAGCAAAGCAGAAGAAAGAUGUGGGCGACCAGGCUUUCAAGGCCGGCGAAGUCGUGAACGCACUUAGGGCUUAUCAUGAGGCUUUGAUGUACCUGGAAGGGAUCAACAGGAAUGCUGCGUCUGCCAUGCCAAUGGGGUCCAUGGACCAGUCCUCUGACGAGGCGAAGCCAAAGACUGAGGCAGAUGAGAUGCUCGAAAAGAUUUACUCAAACAUGUCUGCGUGUCAUAUCAAGAAAGGCAGCUGGAAGCGUGCUGUCGAGACCGCUGACAAGGCAUUGAGGAAGAACGAGAAGAACACUAAAGCACUAUUCAGGAAGGGCAGAGCUCUUGGCGAACAGGGUUACUUUGAGAAGGCGGAGAAGAUCCUCGACGAGCUGCUCAAGACCGACACGUCGGACAAACCUGCUAUUGAGGCCGAGCUCGCACGACUUCGUGCUGCCGACAAGGAGCGCGAGAAGAAGCAUAACCAGAAGUUCAAGGGAUUCUUAAAUCGUGACAAAGGCAAAGGGGUCGAGACGAAUGAGGAAGAGAUCAUUGAGAUAUCCACGAGUGCAUAGCCGGCCUCGUAUAUCCCUGGACCUUUUUUCAUCUUUUUUGGGGGCAUACUACUGCCGUUUUAUCAUUUCAUCUUAUCCUGUUUUCGGCGUUAUAACUCGUUGCAUUGUCGUUUCGUGUGAAGAUCACUGACAACCACGAAUGGCCCAGCCAUGUGUAUAACAAGUGUCCAUGUGUAUAAAUAGUGGCAGAUGAUUAUGGACAUGGAAACGUC